GCGGCGCCGGGCCAUUGGCGGCGCGCGGCCGUGACGUCCCGGGGGAAGGGAGCACGCGGCGCGAUGCUGGCGGCGGAGCUGGCGGGGCGCGCGCGGCUGCUUGUCAGCCCGGGGGGGCCGCGCGUCAUGGUGGCCGGCCUGGGCAACUACGGGCUGUGGGGGACGCGGCACAGCACGGGCAUGGCGGUGGUGGACUGGCUGGCCCGGCAGCUGGCGGUGGCCAAGGGCUGGCGGGUGGACAGGCGGUGCUGCUCCGACAUCGCCCUGGCUGCAGCCCACGGCCUGGAGCUGGUGCUACUCAAGCCACGGAGGCUCAUGAACCUCAACGGGCUCAGUGUCGCCAGUGCUGCUGAGAUCUACAGCCUCCGCCCAGAAGACAUUUACCUGGUUCAUGAUGACCUGGACAAGGCCCUGGGCAAGGUGGCCAUCAAACUGGGAGGCAGUGCAAGGGGACACAACGGGGUCCGAUCCUGCAUCAGUGCUUUGCACUCCAAUGAGAUGACCCGGCUUAGGGUUGGCAUUGGGCGGCCAGAAGGUGAAGUGACAGUGUCCAGCUAUGUCCUGGCUCCAUUCAGCGCUGAGGAGCAGGAGAGGCUGAAGCAGGUCCUGGCCCAGGCAGCCACCUGCCUGCUGGAGCACAUCCAGCAGAGGAGAGCGCUUGCAGGGGAAUGGGGGGACAGGGGCUGACGCGAACCCCUGGGGACCCACAUGGCCAAUGGACAGGGUGCUGCGGACUCUCCAGGAUGACCAUGGCAUGGAGCACAGCUGGUCCUGCUGGGCAGCCUGGCUGGGUGCUGGGGCAGCCCCCAUCUGUCCCCACACAGAAGCGAGCAGCUCCUGUCCCGCUCAAGCCCCUGCGGUGGCUUCAUAUGGCAGUUUGGCACUGAAAUGAAAUAAACCGUCACACUUG